AUGGCUGAAGAACUUGAAGAAGAACUCCACUAUCAGGCAAGAUUUGACCGGGAAGUGGACGUUACUACAUGGUAUGCGCAUUGAACUGUUUUUGUUUAAGUUUCUGAUCAAUUAUCUGGUUUUUCUUUUACUUUUGUUUGGUCAUGCUUUAUUAGAAAGUAAACAUGAAAGCCUAUGUUUGGACUUAUUAGUUUUUGUUGACGCCAACUAUGGCCUCUAUUACCAUGCAAACUGAGUCCUAGUUUGUUAUCGCCGAGUUUCUUAAUGGCUUUUAGAAUCUUUAUUCCGAUUAUUUAUAUUAUUUGUAUUCUAUUCCAUUUUUUAUUCCAGUUUAUAUUCGAACACUAUUGUUUGUGUACUUUUGGGACUGCAGGUGCUUCUGCUCGAAUUGCUCAGUUGACUUCACCACUAAACCAGAAGAGUGCCAGUGCUGCCAGGAAUUGACCGCUGUGGUGAAGUUAUGGAAAGGUUUGGCGAUACCGGUCAGUGUAUUACUCUCCAUCCUGAGUUCCAGGAUGUCUGCCUCAAUCAGCACGUUUUAG